AUGCGUAUUCUCGUCAUUGGUGGCAGUGGACAGACUGGUCGUCUCGUCAUCGAUGAAGCGUUGCAGCGCGGCCACAAGAUUACAGCCUUGAUCCGUAAUCCUUCUGCACUUCCGGCUACGGAAGGCCUGAAUAUCGUGAAGGGCACACCAGUGGAACCUUCGGAAAUUGAAAGCGCUUUCAACGCAGUCCACGGCGACCUCCCAACUGCUGUGAUCGUCACGCUUUCAUCCCCGAAAGAAAAGGGGGCUCGAGUCCUAUCUCUCACGCACGAAAACCUCAUCGCUGCUAUGAAAAAGCAUGGAGUCUCCAAAAUUGCGACACUAUCUUCGUUUGGAGUUGGAUCUUCUCUCGCGAAUAUCACUUUCUUGAUGAGAUGGGCAAUCUCCAGCACCAGCCUUCGGUAUCCAUUUGCGGACCACAAUUAUGUCGACGAGAUACUCAAGAAGAGCGACUUAAACUUCGUGCUGUUGAGGCCAGCGCGACUGACCAUGGCGAAAAAAGCGCCCGUUCAGUUCCUUGGCGAUGAUGGGAAGGGACUUGGUAUUUUCGCGGGCCUGGGGGGCAUUUCGCGGGCUAGUGUGGCGGCUUGUCUGGUGGAUGCUGUUGAGAAGAGCACUUGGGAUCGAAGCACUCCUGUGAUAUCGAACUGA